AUGUUUGGAGCGCUCAAUCGCUUCAUAUCCCGCCUAGACUCGGACACUCCGUCUAAUGGAUCUAGAGAUGGUUAUACAGCUUGGGGAUUCCAAGUGCUUCGCAACAACAAGCCUGAAAUACCUGUUGAGCCAUGGUAUGAUUUCAUCAUCGGGAUUAACGGCCGACAAAUAGACAAUUCUGAUCCAAGUCUUUUCUCCACCGAAGUCCGCAACUGUGCAGGUGCAAAUGUGACUUUGACGACCUACACGGCAAAGGGUCAGCGAACGUCAACAGUUGACAUUCCUAUCGAUCCUUCCUCUCCCAGUCUUGGCCUGACACUACAAUGGUCACCUCUGUCAAAUGUCGACCAAGUCUGGCAUAUCCUUGAAGUGACACCUAACAGCCCUGCUGAUACUGCAGGGUUGCUUCCCUACAGCGAUUACAUCGUCGGCACACCGGAAGGACAAGUACAUGGAGAAGCUGGCCUCGGUGAACUUGUUGAAGACUACAUAUCGAGACAACUGCGAUUAUUUGUGUACAAUCAAGAAUAUGGUAUCACAAGACUCAUCACUAUAACGCCGAGCCGUAGCUGGGGUGGAGAAGGAGCCUUGGGUUGUGUGCUUGGAUUUGGUGCAUUACACAGGCUCCCUGCUCCUCUCACUGAAGGGCCAGUGCCUGGCCCCGGCGAGUCCCUAUUUGAGGGUGUGAGACUCAGUGGAGAAGGUGGUCGGCCGGUAUCACCUUAUAAAGAAACCUCAGGGUACAACACAAACGCUACUCCUGCACAAUUUUCAUCCAAUGUAAUAAUACCAGCGUCGUUGACUUCGGCACCGCCUUUACAACCGCCGACUAGUGCGCCAGCUACUGGCCCUCCACGAGGCGGAAGGAGAGGGAAGAGGGUCUUGAGCCCAACGGUUGCGUUUGAUGAGUACUUCAAGGAGGGAGAACAGAAGAGCAAGGAGGAUGAUUUCGUGCCGACUUCGAAAUCGCCUGCACCACCACCUCCGCCUGGAACGAAAGGUGGAUCCGCAGAUACAAAUGACGUUACCACCCAUGAAGAACAUAGUUCAGCAGAGAAAGACGGUAGUACUGAAUGA